CUGACCUCCACUUCCUCCGGCAGCAAUGGGGGCUAAAAACAGAAAACAAGCUGCUGGGAAGACUCCGGCUACUGAUCGCGAAAGAAGCCCUCUCGUUCCCCCCCACGGCAAAAGUAACGUGAGACGACCGGGGAGGGAGAGCAAGGCUUUCCACGGCGCGCAUCCGAACGGACUUUCAAGCGUCAAACAAAAGCUUGGGCUAACUCCAUCUGCUGUGCUCAAGCUCAGCAGCUUUCUUUUCCUGGCUGGUCUUUCGGGAUAUCUGCAUUGGUAUCAUCUGUCACGUCUUUUUGAGAAUGACAGACACUUUUCACACCUGUCUAACCUGGAGAAGGAAAUGGCUUUUAGAACAGAAAUGGGACUUUACUAUUCCUACUACAAAACCAUUAUUGAGGCUCCCACCUUUCUGGAAGGCCUCCAUAUGAUCAUGAACGAUCGGCUGACGGAGCAUCCGUUGGUGAUUAACACACUGAAGAGAUUUAAUCUCUAUCCGGAGGUGGUGCUGGCCAGCUGGUACCGGAUGUACACGAGUACAAUGGGCUACUUUGGAAUUCCCACCAAGAUGUGCUGGUCCAUCAACAGAGGGGAGGGCCUCAGUCCUGUGGACAGCUGCGAAGGACUAGGUGACCCGGCUUAUUUUUAUGUGACCUGUGUCUUCCUGUUGAACGGCGUGAUGAUGAGUCUGUUCUUCAUUUAUGGCGCCUACCUGAGUGGGAGUCGGCUGGGUGGAAUCGUCACCACUCUGCUUUUUUUCUUCAAUCACGGUGAGAGCACCCGUGUGAUGUGGACUCCGCCCCUAAGGGAAAGCUUUGCCUACCCCUUCCUGGUCCUGCAGAUGCUUCUUCUUACUUACAUUCUACGAACACGCAGCCCAAGCAGGACAGCUUUGGUUGCUCUGGGCAUCUCCAACGUGUGCUUUAUGCUGCCGUGGCAGUUCGCCCAGUUUGUGCUGCUCACUCAGGUGGCUUCUCUCUUUGCCUCAUACAUCCUGGGUUACCUCGCUGCUGCCAAGAUGCAGUCCAUCUUAGUAACUCAUAUGGUCACUCUGGGAGUCUGCUUCCUCCUCAUGUUUGGGAACUCCAUGCUCCUCACAUCCUUCUAUGCCUCCUCGCUCAUAUCCAUAUGGGUGAUCAUUGCUUUGAGGGACAGAUUUGCUCAGAUUUUCAAACCCGGCAUCAUCAUCUGGCUCAUGCAGGGUUUGGCUUGGGUCGGCUCUACAGUCCUGCUCAAAUUUGUGCUCUCGACAAUCCUGGGUGCUUCAGAUGACGCUCAUAUCAGUGGACUAAUAAAGUCCAAGUUUACCAGCUACAAGGACUUUCACACUAUGAUGUACACGUGUGCUGCUGAGUUUGACUUCAUAGAAUUGGAGACUCCAGUGCGUUACCUCAAAACGCUGCUGCUGCCAGUCAACUUGUUGGUUCUUGCUCUCAUCACUGCCAGGCUUUUCCAGGAUAUAAUACGUACCCUCAGACAUGAAGAGAAGGCUUCUGUAAAGGUGGACGAUGACGGAGGGACUGAUUUAGUUGUCAAGGGAGAGCUGGUGUACCACAGCCUGCAGCUGCUGGCUUUUGCCCUGCUAGCCGUUCUCAUCAUGCGGCUGAAGCUCUUCCUGACGCCUCACAUGUGCAUCAUGGGGUCACUGCUUUGCUCCAGACAGUUGUUUGGCUGGAUUGGAGAGAGGUUAAAGCACCAGAGUGUGGUGUUGGCAGUCAUCGCCAUGAUGGCCGUACAGGGAGUGGCCAAUCUGCAGGCGCAGUGGGCGAUCAUCGGAGAGUUCAGCAACCUGCCACAGGAGGAGCUGCUAGACUGGAUCCAGGAAAACACCCGACCUGAUUCUGUGUUUGCGGGAGCCAUGCCAACGAUGGCCAGUGUGAAGCUCUCCACCGGUCGACCCAUCGUCAACCAUCCUCACUAUGAGGACGCUGGUCUCAGGGAGAGAACCAAGCUGGUUUACUCCAUGUACAGUCGCAUGUCAGGAGAAACUGUGAAGAAGAACCUGAUGAAGCUGGGAGUGGAUUAUUUCAUCCUGGAGGACUCCUGGUGUACCAGGCGGACUAGGCCUGGGUGUAGUAUGCCAGAGAUCUGGGACAUUGAGGAUCCUCAGAAUGUUGGUAAAAUUCCUCUCUGCACCCACAUGUCCAGGAGUUCUCGACCUUACUUCACAACAGUUUUUUCAAAUGACAUUUACAAAGUCCUCAAAGUCCCCAAAGAUCACAGAUAACACUGUUGGGGAUCAUCAAGCCAGUGCUUUUAGACCUUUAUUUAGUUUUUGAUUUUGUUUUCAAGUGGGCCAAAGGAAAGUCCACUGACCGUCUUUCUUUUAUACAUCACUGUGACCCAACGGUAUCGUUUGAAACGUUUGUUUGCGACCAAAUGAAAGCUGAAAUAGUGCAGCUUCUGGGUUUGUUUUUAUAUUUCCUCAUUUGAAAGUAUUCUGUUCAUUCUUUUAAUAUUUUUUAAUCUUCUCUGUCGCUUCAGAAGUAAUAUCCGUGGUUGUGUCAAUCAGUGAUGUCCACAUACUGUGAAGCAAUACCCUCUACCAACUUGACAAACGCUCUCCUCAUGUUAUGCAGUGUUGAUCUUUAGAAAGGUUUCUGAGUAUUUUUAUAAUUUAUUGGUGUGAGCUUUUUUUAUGGAACUUUUAGGUGUUUUCUUGUGAAGCCAACACUUUUGGAAGUUUGAAAGUCCAGGGGUAAAUUCUGCUCUGUGUUUGUGGACUUUGUAAAUGUUAUACAUGACAUUGUUGUCCAGACUGGAUAUAACCAAGGUUUUUAACAGAAUUUUACACGAAGAUCCUUUAUUCUUCGUUUUUUUAUUGCCAAAUACGAUACAGAAGAGGAUUUUCUUCCUACUGCUCUCUUUUGUAAAUAUCUAAACUGAAGUUAAAAGAACUGGUAAUGUUUUAGCCUUUUAAAGGUGAAUUGUUGUUUGUUGUUGCCAAAGGAAGUCGUGUUGUUAAAACUGCAUAUUCAGGGUAUUUUAGCACGACGCAUCAGUUUCAAGACAAAAUUACACUUGUGAGUUUGAAAACUGCCAAUGUAAAAUGUUUGUAGCAAUGAAUCUGGUCAGCUGUAAACCACUGCAAGUGUCAAAUGAACAGGAUGAGAUGAGGAUUGCUGAGUUGUUUGCAGUAGCUAUAUUAAUUUGUAGCCUCUAAAAAGGAGCUCCUGAUCUGACUGAAAAUGACUUUUCUCUGGUUACUAAGCAGCAGGCUGUAAUAAGUGAGAAGAAGGUUCAACCAGGGCCAUAAAUCAGGGUAGCUGGUAGCAUCCAAGACAUGUAGCAUUUCCUCGUGCCGUGACCGUGCUCUAAUCGUUUGGAAUACACACAUUACUGGCUACAUACAUACAUUACAUUUAUUUCCCUUUAAAAUCCCACUUC